AUGUCCGCUAGACAAAAGAAAGCUCUCUAUUUCCAGAAACUCCAUCAAAUUCUUGAGGAGUACAACAAGAUCUUCGUCGUGGAGAUCAAGCACGUCACCUCCAAGCAGGUUGCUGAUAUCCGUAAGGCUCUGCGUGGUCAGGCCCUUCUUCUGUUCGGAAAGAAGACCAUGAUCCGCCGCUGCAUGAACAAGUUCGUGGAGGAGCAUCCCGGACACCCCAUUGAGAAGCUGAUUCCCCUGGUCCACGGAAACGUGGGUCUGGUGUUCGUGAACGGAGAUAUGGCCAACGUUCGUGAGAUCAUUCUCAACAACAAGGUGCCUGCUCCCGCUCGUGUGGGUGUGGUUGCCCAUGUGGACGUCAUUGUGCCUGCUGGACCUACCGGUUGCGAUCCCGGCCAGACUUCUUGGUUCCAGGCUCUGAACAUUGCCACCAAGAUUAACCGUGGUCAGAUUGAAAUUAUCAACGACGUGCCUCUGAUCCUCGCUGGUCAGAAGGUGCAGCCCGGUCAGGCUGCCCUGCUGGACAAGCUGAACAUCCACCCCUUCAGCUACGGAAUGCACAUCAAGCACGUCUACGACGACGGUGCGAUCUACGACCCUGUGGUGCUGGAUCUGACCGAGAAGGAGAUCAUGAGCAAGUUCUUCAACGGAGUCAACAAGCUGGCUGCGCUCUCGCUGUCCAUGGGAUAUCCCACUCUGGCUUCGCUGCCUCACUCGCUCAACAGCGCCUUCCGCAAGAUGGUCGCCAUCGUGGUGUCCGAGGGAAUGUCCUAUUCCUUCGAGAAGGCCGAGCCCUUCAAGGCCUUCCUGGCCGAUCCUUCGGCCUUCGCUGUGGCCGCUGCCCCUGCUGCUGCUGAGGCUGCUGCUCCCGCUGAGGAGGUCAAGGAGGAGGAGGAAGAGGAAGAGGAAGACAUCGAUAUGAGCGGAGGUGGUCUGUUCGGCGAUGAUGACGACGACUGGUAAACUGGUUAGAGAAAAUCAUUGUGGUUGACCACAGAA